UGGUUGACUGGUAUAUGAACUUUGGUUUACGACCCGAGUUCGAGCGGUGAAGAUAAAACAAUUUAAAGUGACGGCUUAGUCCGUCGCUGUCGUCCUGACUUACCGUGACGAUAGCAAGUGCCGUCCGAGCUCAUCAUUACCAACUUUUUUUUUCUUUUUUAUUAAAAUAAAAAAUGUGAAUAUAUUAACACUCUUGAUUCUGCUUGAUGAUGCCGUAGGAGAUGCUUCUUCGAAAUCCAAUUAACCCUAAAGCAUCGAUUUUUAAGCUACUCUUCAAUGACUACUCUCAUUUCAUCGCAAUCCCCGAGAGCUGCAAAACAACGACCCAAUUCAAGCAACUACACUCCCAAAUCAUCAUUCAAGGUCUAGAACCAAACCCAACAAUCCAAAAGAAGCUUCUACUCUCCUGGUCUAGUCGCUUAAAUGGCGACAUUGGUUAUGCCUAUAAGUUGUUCGUGAAAAUGCCCGAACCAGACGUGGUUGUAUGGAACAAUAUGAUCAAGGGUUUUUCCAGAGUGGGUUGUGUCAAGGAAGGAGUUAGAUUGUAUUUGAAUAUGUUGAAGAAAGGUGUGACUCCUGAUGGACACACGUUUCCCUUUUUGCUCAGCGGUCUUAAGCCGGAUUGUGGUAAGAAGCUGCAUUGCCAUGUUGUGAAGUUUGGUUUAGGUUCUAACCUUUAUGUGCAGAAUGGUCUUGUGCAAAUGUACUCGUUGUGUGGGCUGAUGGACAUGGCUCGUGGGGUUUUCGACAGGGGAAGGAAAGAUGAUGUCUUUUCUUGGAACUUGAUGAUCUCUGGGUGUAAUAGGAUGAAACUAUAUGAAGAAAGUUUGAGACUUUUCGCGGAGAUGGAGAGGAAACUGGUUAUUCCAACUUGUGUUACCUUGCUUCUGGUUCUCUCUGCUUGCUCUAAGGUUAGGGAUAAGGAUCUAUGUAAAAGGGUUCAUGGAUAUGUUAGUGGGUGUGCGAGAGAGCCUAGUUUGAAGCUGGUGAAUGCUCUGGUCAAUGCAUAUGCUGCUUGUGGGGAGAUGAAUAUAGCGGUGCGGAUUUUCAAUAGUAUGAAGAUUAGGGAUGUGAUUUCUUGGACAUGUAUUGUUAAAGGGUUUGUCGACAUAGGGAAUCUAGAUCUUGCAAGGAUGUAUUUUGAUGAUAUGCAGGUGAGAGAUAGAAUCUCUUGGACUAUUAUGAUCGAUGGUUACCUACGAGCUGAUUGCUUUAACGAAUCUUUGGAUCUUUUCCGUGCGAUGCAAAAUGCAGGGAUGAUACCGGAUGAGUUCACCAUGGUCAGCGUACUCACAGCUUGUGCCCAUCUAGGUGCCUUGGAGAUAGGUGAAUGGGUUAAGACGUACAUAGAUAAGAACAAGAUCAAGAACGAUGUUGUUGUAGGGAACGCUUUGAUCGAUAUGUACUUCAAAUGUGGGUGUUGUGAGAAAGCGCAGAAGGUUUUCCAUGAGAUGCGCCAGAGAGACAAGUUCACUUGGACAGCCAUGGUUGUCGGUCUUGCCAACAAUGGACAGGGUGAAGAUGCCAUUAAAGUUUUCUUUCAAAUGCAAGACAUGUCGAUACAACCAGAUGAGAUUACGUACCUCGGCGUGCUCUCUGCUUGUAACCAUAGUGGUAUGAUAGAGCAAGCAAAAGACUUUUUCUCCAAGAUGAGAAGCGACCAUAGGAUUGAACCGAGUUUAGCACAUUAUGGAUGUAUGGUUGACCUGCUUGGUAGAGCUGGACUGGUCAAGGAAGCGUAUGAGAUGAUAAGGAACAUGCCAGUGAAUCCAAACUCGAUUGUGUGGGGAGCUCUACUAAGUGCUUCUAGACUUCAUAAUGAUGAAUCAAUGGCUGAGUUAGCAGCUAAGAAGAUUCUCGAGCUGGAACCUGAUAACGGGGCUGUUUAUGCUUUGUUGUGCAAUAUAUAUGCAGCUUGCGAAAGAUGGGAGGAUUUGCGAGAAGUGAGAAAAGAGAUGGUGGACGUAGCAGCCAAGAAGAUACCAGGGUGUAGUUUGAUUGACGUCAACGGUGUUACUUACGAGUUUGUUUGUAGAGACAAGUCACACCUUCAAUCAGAAGAGAUUUACAGGAAACUAGAAGAGUUAGCUCAAGAGUCGACGUUUGCAAGGCACUUGCCUAGUGAAUUGUUGUUCGAGGCUGGGUAAGAUUAUAGAGAGCCCUGAGAUGAUGAACAUAUCCAUAGGUUGUUACUGUGAAUGAUGUUGUUAAUGCUGUAGACGAGACAGUACAUGGUUCAA